AGAGGCGUCUCAUUAACAGAGAACUGGGAAGCCGCAGAGCUGAAGGCUGAGUCUGCUGCUGUUUUAAAGUGUUGAGAUUUGUGACUCUGCCACAGUUUAUUUAAUACGAUUUCUUUUCAAGUGGUUUUCUAUUUCGCUGUUUUCGGUUUCCGCAUCAACUCAUGGAAAGUGCGUCCUAGGGGCCACCUGCGGAGCCAUGUCCUCCCCAACCAGCCUGGAGAUCACACCGAGAUAACAGACAUCUACCUCCGCUUCAGACAGCCAACCAAACCGAUGGCUUUCUUCCGUCAGCUAAAACUUCUUCUCUGGAAGAAUGGACUGUCAGCCAUCAGACAGCCUUUAUGGUCCGUGACUUUGAUCGCCUGGCCCCUGGUCAUCUUCAUCAUCAUUGCUGUGACCCGCCACCAAUUCCCUCCCAUCGUAAAAGAGACAUGUUACGUUGGUCCCCGAAACCUGCCGAGCACGGGCUUCUUUCCCUUCCUUCAGACCCUCAUGUGCAACACAGACAGCAAUUGUCACAACACAUCUCGCCUGGCAGACUCCGUGUCAAAAUCAUCGAGGAACAGGAGGUCAACUCAUGCGGAAAACACUUCCCCCUUGGAAAGUCUGAUUCAAGAAGGAGAUUUCUUCAGCUUGACUUUCCCCAACGACACCAACAAUGAUCCUGCAGCACUGGUUCGGGUCCUGGAAAACAUUUUUGGUACGUCUUACCAAGGAGAUGGCAAGAAAAUCUCUCUCAUGAGUACCAUCAACACCACUCUGGAUGAUCAGGAGACCUUGAACAGAAUUCUGGAGUCAGUGAAUGUUUUGAAGAGAGCCAUUUGCACAGUGACUCUGCCCAUGAUCAACAGAACCUCCCCCGACACUCUAACAUAUGCAGUCAUCACCUUCUGCAACUCCAACAGCACUGUGUUUGAAGUCUCAAUUGAUACACUCAACCAGAUACUGACGGAGCUGAUGCUGACACAGUCAGAUGAGAUUAUGUCAGCUGCUGGGGUUGCUUUGCUGUUUUUCGAUCAUCUGCAAAAUGAGACCUCAUUUUGGGAGAGCCUUCUUGUUCUGCCACAGAUUUUCACCCCUACUUCUAACCAAGCGCUGAGCAGCACAGAAACCCUCCUCAAAACCCUACAGGGGGCUAUGCGAAUAAUCCAAAAGAAUUUCCCAGAAAUGGCUGACUCCCUCUCCACUGUGGAUCCUUUUCUUGUUGGAGGUAUCAACUUGAUCCACUAUGUCCAACACUGGCCUGGAAAGGAUGUUUCCAUUUCCCUCGGAGAGGUGGUCAUGUUGCACAAUGAUUCACUGAGUGAAAUAAUGAAAAGUGUGCUACAAGAGGUGGAGAUACCAUUGGACAAGGCCAUUGGCCUGACCCUGGACAAAGCCAUGGUGCGCUCGUACCUGUGUGACAACAGCAGUGAGUCCAUGUCUCUCACUGUGGCAUGCAGCACAGGCAUUGUGGACCUGCUCCUGGGUUGGAUCAGUCCAGACAAGGUGGCAAAACAGGCUCUCCUGGCGUGGAGCAGGCACGUGGCAGCACAUGAUGUUUCUUUUGCCAAAGAGCUGCUGCGCAGUCUGAUGGGAGGCUCAUCCUCAGGAGAUCAGGGAGGCUACAACAUCACGAGGUCCCGGCGCAGCGUAGUUGCACAACCUCAAAACAUUGACGAGGAGCUGUUUCUGGCGGUCGGUCAAACACUCUUGGAAAUUGCAGGAAUUGAACCAGAGGUGGACCUGGUUGUCCAGAGAGUCCUAAGAACUGGCUUUCAGUCCAUGAAGGCUACAGGGUUGUCUUUACACACUGUACAAGAAAUGACGAGCAAUGUCUUGAAAGAUGCCAAUCGUCUCCAAAUGAACUAUCACCUGCUGCUCACCAACCAUUCUGAGGCAAGCGUUUGGAUCAACAAAGUGAUGGACAGCGUGAUAGAAGUGAUCACGCAGAUUCUGGGAUCAAAACCUCUAACAUGUGAAGACGUUCUCGCGCCCUUCGAGUGGCUCUUAUCCUCCAAGAGCAUAAAGAUUGAGGUGUGGAGAUCAAUGCUCUGCCAGAACAACUCUGCUCUGGAGCAAGCUUUGAUAAACGACUGGAUAGAUGUGGUUCAAGAGGUGGUAGAAGUGUACAGCACCCUCACAGGCCAAGCAGACUUCAACGUAACACUCCCCAUGAUCCUGUCUGAGUGGCAUAACCUGCAGAACAAAAGCCAGCAGUUUGGAGAGUUUUUUGACAAACUGGUCACAGAGCUGGGUGCAGCAUACUGGAUGAACUGGAUGCCUGAGAACACAACUCAUGACAUUACUGGCACUCUUCAGAAAAGUGUUUUGAUGUUCAUGGUGAGGUUUGGGGAAAUGAUUGAGAAGAGUGAGACUUGGCCUCAGGUGAAGAGCUACUUCCACAUGGUUUACUGGAUUGUUAACUACAGGCCUGGUGUGAAACCUCCACCAGCAAACUGUUCUGUUGACACUGACUCCUCAGCCAUUUAUUGUGACACCGGCUUGAAGUGGCCAUCGUUUGCUAAUGCAAUGGCACAGGCUCUGAUGUCACCAAGCCAAGAUGUUCUGGUGAAUUUCCUUAAAGGAGCUGUGAAUCUGUUGCAGCAUUUAUACGGUGACAUGUACACUCAUCUAGCCGCCUCAUAUCUGAAACAAGAAAUCAAAGGUGGAGAUGCCCUCUCAGGUUACCUGAUAAACUUGAUGCACAACUUGGACAACUUUGUCCAGAUGAUCAGCGUUCUACCCGAUCGAAACAUCUCAGACCCUUCGUUAAUGGUUCCGGUCAUCAGCAACCUGUUACAGUCCUCAGGUCUGACCCCCCUCGUGCCUUUGCUCUUCAGUGAGGGUCCCCUCAAUGCCUCCAUGGUGCUUGAUGUGGCCUCAAAGGUUGGCAGGCUCAACCAGAACAUCUUUACGUUCAAUGAGACAGACCCAACAAUGCCUGAACUUGAACGGUUGAUAAUGCAGUUUCUCUCCUUGGAGGGGAACCUCACCUUGUCUCUCCCUCACAUCAUGGCACACAGUCUCCUAACGUAUUCCAACUCGUUCCACCCUGAGGAAGUGGCCCAUCUCAAAGAAGUCAUCCAGCCUUUCACAAAUCAGACCUCAGCUGGCCUUGUAGAAGCCAUCCUCAGUGCUAUAGAGCUUCUGAAUGAAGUGAUAGGUUCACCAAAUGCUGAGCCAACUACCAUCGUCCUGCGGUACAUACAGCAGCUUCAAGAGUUUGUUAUUUCUCUUUACAGACUGAGAAAAAUUGAGAAUUUCUUGCUGCCAAAUGGGCAGCUGAGCCCAGCUCAAGUGACUGAUCUCCACAUGCUGUCCAGGGAUUUCCUCAAUCUCCUCACUCCCGAGGGUCUUCAGAACCUCACUCAGGCUGGACCACAAACGGCCCAGGAUGUUGUUUUCCAGAAGUUUGUGUUGUUUCUGCCACCUGCCCUCCAAAAUGAAACUGCUCACUUUCUCCAGGAUUUCAAAGCUCUGCAGUCUGAGUUAUCCAAAUGUGCAGAAGGACACAACUGUUUGGCUGGAGUGUCAGAAAUCUUCACAUUCCUGGAUCAGAUAGUACACCUGAUGCUCACGGCCAAUGGAAAUGUCACCAUUAGGAUAGCUCCAAACAUUCCUGUGGGAUGGGAAAGUGAAGAAAUGGCAUCCCUGUUCUUUUCACUCCUCCUGUCACCAAAUGACGCUAACUAUGUGAAAACAUAUAGACAGACCCUUGAUUUCAUCAAGUUUGUCCUGGCAACCCCAAAUAUCACUGUUGCCAGUGUGCAGAAUGCUCUAAAACAGUCAAACUUAACCAUUCAAGAGCUGAAUGAGAUCACUGCGCUUGCAGGAGCUGCCAACUUGAAAGAGCUGAUGGUGAACCUGAUGGAGAUUGUCAAUGUCCAGCAGUGUUUUGAGCCUCAGAAUGACCCGAAGGUCACCGGCCACUGCGUCAUGGGGCUGAUAAAGGGAGUCAGCGGCUUUCUGACAAACCUUCCCGCUCUCCGUAAUGAGACAGUCACCCUCUCGCUCAUCCCUCUAAUUGUUAAUCAAACUAUCAAGGGUGUCUUGCAAGUUAACUUCAGUUCUGAUCCUAACAUGGUUGUCAUGCAUACACUAAACACCACCCUGGCCAAUAUCAAGAUGAGCCUCCAGCUGAGCCAGCUAAACACUCCAGAGAUCAUGAAUGAAAUCCGAGUGGUAGAGGGUCUAAUCCAGCUGGUUUCCAACAUGGAGCCGUACAACAGUUUAAAUGCCACCUUGAUGAAGGACCCCAUACUUGUCCAAAGAGUUUACCUGGAGCUUAUUGAGUGGUACUUGAAAAGACUGGAAAACAUCACCAGCAGCAGUUCAUUCUCUACGCUCCUUCAGCCCUUUUUCUCCAUCACACAAAUGCAAGUGGCAUCACAGCUGGCUCAAACAGAAUUUUCCAUGUUUGUAAGUAACAAGAUUGAGUUCCUUAUGAACAACCUCAAGUACCCGAUAGAUGGUUUGGGAGUGAGUGCAAUUGGCCAAACAGCAAUAGAGAUCACUCGAGAACUGUGGGACUUCAUCAAAGUCAGCCUGGAGCUUCAGAAUAACAAUACGUUUUAUGGCGAGCUAUUCAACACAUCCGCUCUGUAUUCCGCUGAGCUCCAGAUCAAGCUCUACCUGGACCUGAUUGAAACGUGGAUGAAACAGCCCAACAUCCCAUCUCUCCUCACCAGUAUGCUUCAGUGGGGAAACUCCUCCCUGACUGCGUCCACACCUGUGGCAGACAUCCACCAGUUACUCCUGUCGACGGCCACAUUUCUCUACGGUGAUCAGCUGGUAUACCUCUCCAUGAUAAGAAACAUCACCCAGUCUUUGAGCAAAGCCCUAAUGGUUGCAGAGCAACCAGGUGGCCUCCAGAGUGAACAGUUCGAAGCUGUGAUCUUGGAAGCAGCCCAGAGAGCGAUGCAGAUCCUGGCCGCGGCCGCCGCCCCUCUGCCACCUCAAGUUCAGGAGGACAUCUUGGAAAUGAUCCGAGGUUCUCUUAAACUCAUCAUCAAUCCAAAUGAGAGUUUUGCCUCCUCACAAAACAUCUCCCUUCAAAUCCUGAAGAUUUCUGAGCGGUUCAUCCAACAAACACUGCCAGAGAUGUUCGCUGAGUACCUACUUGCAGUAGUCAAGGUGGCAACAACAUAUUUCAAAGGGGUGACUGAGGGCGUCGGACCAGACAAGUGGAAUGAAAUAAUUCUUGAUGAGAUGAAGACAAUCCAAAGCCUCUUGCCACCAAACAGCACUGCCCAGGCCUACAUCUCCGUCCUCAUUAACGUGGGAAAACUCGUGAGCAUGUUUUUGCAACUUCUUAUGGGAGGCACAAGCUCACCUGCUCCAUCUCUGGGGGAGCUGACUCAUCUUGUACCGGUUCUAGAGCAAGUGAUGACUGGAAAAGCAGACCAAAACACAUGGGACAAAUUUGAAAAAGUGCUGGCGGCCCUACUGUCAACUUUUGAAAGGACAGAGGAAUGGAACAGCACCAUGUCUGUUUUGCCUCUGUUUGAGAAGACCAUCGGAAGUUUGGUGAAGAACAUGCACGCAGAAAAUGUGAUGAUAAUGAGCCUUCAGAUGCCCAUGGUGACCCUGAUGAGAGACAUUGCAGUGUCUGUGAACAACAGUCAGCUUAUGGUGUCUGAGCUGUCACAGGGAAUGCAGCUUGCCAUUGAAGGCACAAUUCAAACAGUUCAACAGGCAAAUGGUACACUGGAAUGCACUGAGGUUAUCAAAGUGUGGGAACCAGUUCGACAGGCAGCAGGGUUAAAUCCCGCCACUUUGUCAGCGUGGUGUAACAUCAGCCUACAGCCUGUUCUGGAUGCCCAUGCUGCGGCUCAGAAUGUCUUCUUUCACCUGAACAUGAAUCCCAUGGGCGCGGGGCCUGUAAGUGUGAACACCGCAUCUGGAAGGAUUGUCAAAUCAGUGCAGCUUCUCUACCAAGUCAACAUGAACCGCUCACUUGUGGUAAAUCAGUUCAUCAACACUUUCUCCGGCCAGCUGAAUGAACUGAUGAGCCAGCCAUUGAGUCCUGAGGCGCAGACUUCCUGGUACCAACAGUUCCAAGACACACAGUUGCAAAACAGUAUGGCUUCCAUUACGCAGCUAUCAGAUGAGCUGCUUGCGGUGGCUCCUUUCCUGAUACCAUACUUUGAAGCUGCAGUGGAUGCACUGACCCACACUGUGAACAACCUCCACCUUGCUCAGAAUAGCACGUCCUCACUGGAGCUGUUUGAACAAGCAGCGCUGGUCUUUCUAACCUCUGCAAACAUCACCUCAAAUGACAAUUUUUCCAUGAUGUGGGGAAACGCUGCUGAUGGUAAUGGGACUCUGUUUGCUGACAUGGUGAGAGAGGUGCUCAAACUAAUGAUCAACAUGAGGUUAUUUGAGAAUCAGCCUGGGGUUUAUCAAGCCCUGGAGAAAUUCCUGGCGUCCAAUGAGACAAACCUGAUGGUGCAGAGGUUCGUUGAGAUGUCAGUGUGGUUGGACUCAACUCAAGCGUCUGGACUGGAUCUGCUGAGUCAGGUUCUUCCCAGACUCUACAAAAUCCUGCAGCCUCUGUUGUCUGUCCUGGAAAGAAUGAAUGUGGGCUUUCCCAUGGGUACUGAACUCUACGUGGACCUGGCUGGAAACAUCAUCGCAAUGUUCAGACAGUUUGUGAGCACCGGUGAUCUUGUACCCCCCAUGCACCAUCAAUUUGGCACAUUCCCCUCAGAGCUAGCAGGUGGCCAUCAAACGAGGAGCGUCAGGCGAAGACGUGACGUCUCGAUGAUGAUGACAGCAGACCCCCUGGAUGACUUCAUAGACCUUAUCAACAUUGACUACCCCACCAUGUUCAGAGCCAUUUCUGUCCCUCCGACUUCGACAGAAUUAUUAGAGACGGCCCACGUGUUCUUUACAAACUCGGAUCUGAACAUUGUGAUGAAGGGAGCAACAAAAGGCAUGCCUUGGAGCCUGAAUGCCUCUCGGGAAGCAACUAUUGAUGCUGCCCUUGGGAUGUUCUCCUUCCUCACCCACCCUGGCUUGCUUCAAAUGUCAUCAAUGGAUCUCCUGACAAAUUCUGUUGACAUACUUCCCAAUGGCUUUCCAUUCUCUACUGAGAUUAAAAGUAUCACCAGGACACUAUCAAGUGAAUCUCAAGAGAACCUGAUAGUCAUGCAGGAGACCGUCCAAACAAUGACCGAGCUUCUCCGGAUCAGCCCAACCGAGCCGCGCUUCACAGAGCAGCUGCGCCGCCUGAGAUCCCAGGUUUGUACCUUGGAGAGAACGGAGUCUGUGCGCCAGCUGUUGCUGACCCUUUCUAUCGAACCUGGGCAGCUCUGUCACACUUUUCUGCCCAGCCUGCAAAUUCUAGCUGAGAGUUUGCUGAUGAACACAACCUCUAUGUCUGAAGUAAUCUUCCAGGCUGUCAUUGGGGAACCCAGGAGCUACAAUGUCCAGACAAACUGGACCUCUGCAUUGAGUCAAGGUUUGGGCUUCAAUACCAGCAGCCUCGGCUCUUUAAAGAUCAACUUCACCUCUCCAGGUGUGGUCACAGUUGGUGAGAUGCUGAGGAAUGCUACCGCCUUCGUUCUGGAUGUGCAACGGCACAUGGAUUUCAAUCCUGUGGCUCUGCACCUCCUAAUGGAAACCAUAGUACCAAACAGCAAUUUAGAGAUCCUGUCCUGGCUGGCAAACCUGCAUCAGUGCAACACUGGAGCAUUUGGAAACAUGAGUGAGACGGAUGAAAUCAUGAUGAAGACCUUCUGCUCCCUGUCUGCUGAGGAGUGGUACGCAUUCUCACUGCUGAUGGCUCAACACGUGAACACGGAGAAGCUCGUUUACAGGAUGGUACUAUCUGAGGAAAUGCAGAGCGUGGUGGGAGUUGUGUUACAGGUGGCCGAAGAAUUAACAGACACAAUAAGCAGAAUCCUUCCCGCUGUCAGUCAGCUGCAGGGCUACCUGCGGUCUAUUAAAGACUUCAACCUGGUGGCAAACAGUGAAUUUCCCCAAAUGGCAAGAGGGCAGAAGGCCAAGAUGUCAGGUCAAGCUACGUUUGUCACCCUGUCCCGUGCUUUGUGCAGUACCGGUAUCAUGGCUGUAUUUGGCAUCUCUGAACUCCCUGAAAUCAACAAUUCAAGCCCCUCCUUCCCUGAGAACCAGCGGCGGGAGGAAAUGAUUGAGAGGUUCAAGAUUCCACGAAAUGCCACUCCCUUCUGCACGAACAUGUACCUGGAGAUGGUGAAUACCACCGGAGGAGCUAUUGCCUGGGCCUUCCUCAAACCAAUGCUGAUGGGACAGAUCCUCUACACACCUGACACACCCACCACCAGGGCCAUAAUGGAGAAGGCAAAUGCCACCUUGCAGGAGUUUGCAAAUCUGAGGAAAUAUUCUGAAGACUGGAUUGAAUCAUCCAAGUACAUCAUGACAUCUGCCGAAACGCUCAGCAAAACCCUGCCAAUGCUGCAGAAAUCUCUCAGCAAUUCUUUUGUGAGGAAUUUCAUCGAGAUGCAAACAGACAUCAAUGUCCUCAGAAUGAGUGAGACGCUCAGCAAAUUCUCUAAUGUCACGGUGAUGCUGGAGAAGAACAAGCACAUUCUUAACCAGAUCACCACUCUGUCCACCCUUAUGAUGAGACUUUCCUCCUGCAUAAAGUUUGACCGUUACUCUGGCUACGACUCAGCCCAGGAGCUCAACUCUGUGGCUCAGGAGCUUGCCAAAAACCGGGAUCUCUAUGCAAGUGUCAUCUUCAAGCUUCCCAAUGAUUCAUCCAGAAAGCGGGAGGCCCGGUCCUCCCCUGCUGCGUCCACUCUACCUCCCAAAGUCAGCUACACCAUCCGCAUGCAUAUGGACAACGUCAUGCGUACUGACAGAGUGCGAAACCCCUACUUUGUGAAGGACAGGCACAUCUCACCCAGUCAAACCAUGCGCUACAACCGGGGGUUCAUCUACCUGCAGGAGAACAUUGAUCGAGCUAUCAUUGAAAUCCAGGCUGGCCAGAAAGUCACGGACCCGGCCGUACAACUGCAGCCCUUCCCGUAUCCAUGCCACCUACGAGACGAAUACCUGGAGGCCAUCUCUUUUGUCUUUCCUCUCAUGCUGAUGUUGGCCUGGGUGUUGUUUGUGGCGGAUUUUGUGAAAAAACUGGUCAAUGAGAGAGAGUUGAGGCUACAUGAGUACAUGAAAAUGAUGGGAGUCAACCCACUGAGUCAUUUCUUUGCAUGGUUCCUGGAGUGUGCCUGCUACCUGGUGGUGACCAUCUCCAUCCUCACCCUGGUGUUGAAGUAUGGCAACAUUCUGCCCAUAAGCAAUGGCUUCAUCAUUUUCCUCUACCUCUGCGACUACGGCUUGAGCAUCAUCGCCUUCAGCUACCUGGUCAGCUGCUGCUUCGACAAGACCUACAUCGCUGGCCUGAGCGGGAGCAUCCUCUACAUCCUCUGCUUCUUCCCCUACAUCGUGGUCAUGGCCCUGGAAACAAAUCUAAGCUUCUCCCAGAAGAGUGCCCUGAGUUUGUUCUCUCCCACCUGCUUCAGCUAUGCCAGUCAAUAUGCUUCUCGCUAUGAGUCCCAAGGAGAAGGAAUUCAAUGGAGCAACUUUUACACUUCACCCCUUGCUGGAGAUACCGCGUCGUUCGGUUGGCUGUGCUGGCUAAUGCUUAUUGACUCCAUCUUGUAUUUCAUCAUUGGGGCGUACAUCCGCAUGGUUUUCCCUGGACAAUAUGGAAUCUCUGCCCCCUGGUACUUUCCCUUCACUCUCUCCUUCUGGACUGACUUGUGCUGCGGCUUUCACUCAAAGAGCAAUGCGGGCAAAGGACUGCUCUUUGCCAACAUCAUGCAGAAAAAGCAGCCUGUCUUCUCUGAGGGAAAAGAAAAAGGCAAGAACACCCUCUCCCAUCAGGCUGCUGAGGAGUUCUCAGAGCUCCCAGUAGGCGUUUCACUCCAUGGCCUCACCAAGAUGUACGGCGACCAAGCAGCCAUUCAAAACCUAAACGUGUCCUUUUAUGAGGGCCACGUCACCUCCCUGCUCGGUCACAAUGGGGCUGGCAAAACCACCACCAUGUCCCUCCUGACUGGCCUUUAUGCCCCGUCGUCGGGCACCAUAGAGGUAUACGGCAAAGACAUGCAGACGAGCGUCGACAAAGUCCGUCAAGAACUGGGGGUCUGCAUGCAGUAUGACGUCCUCUUUGACCACUUGACCACCAAAGAGCAUCUGCUGCUGUAUGGUCAAAUCAAGGCCCCACACUGGUCUCCCAGAGAACUGCGCGAGCAAGUCCGCACGAUCCUGGAGGAGACCGACAUGUACGCUCACCGACACAAGCGGGUUGGUACCUUGUCAGGGGGCAUGAAACGCAAGUUGUCAAUCUCGAUCGCCUUUAUCGGCGGCUCUCGGUUGGUGGUUCUGGAUGAACCCACAACGGGGAUCGACCCCUGCUCCCGACGCAACAUCUGGGACAUAGUUCUUCAGCAUAAGAAAGACCGCACCAUCAUCAUGUCCACCCAUCAUCUGGAUGAGGCUGAAGUGCUGAGUGACCGCAUUGCAUUCCUGGAAGGAGGUGGAUUAAAAUGCUGUGGAUCACCCUUUUACUUGAAAGACAAGCUGGGUCAAGGCUACAAGCUCACCCUCACCAAAAAGAUUCAAAACACAGUUUCUGAGCGGCUUGACAGUGCUGAUCUUAAGGGCUUUAUUCAAGCUCAUGUACCUGAAGCACGGCUGAAGGAGGCCCACGGGGGUGACAUGGUCUACUCACUGCCCCCCUUCAACUCAUCAAAUGCUUCCUCGUAUCGAUCCCUCUUGAUGGCGUUGGAUUCAAACCUGGACGACCUACAGCUGGGAGGUUAUGGUAUCUCUGACACCACACUGGAGGAGGUAUUCCUCCAGCUGACUCAUGACAACCCAUCUGAAGCAACAAAAGGCCCGUUUUCCAUCUCAGAGACUGUUUCGGAAACUGCAUCCAUCGACAGCUUCUCUUCAGAUUUUGGUGAAGGCAUCUCCAACCUCGUCGAUAAGAUCAAGCUGACCAGUUCAUCCACGGUGGGUGGCAUAUUCUUGGCCUGGCAGCAGAUGAAAGCCAUUCUGAUCAAGAGGUUCCACCACAGCCGCAGAGACUGGAAGGGCCUGAUAUCCCAGAUCCUGCUCCCUGUCCUGUUCGUGGUGUUUGCAAUGGCCCUGGGCUCUAUCAGAAGUGACUUGCAGCACUAUCCUGAGCUGGAGCUUAGCCCCGCGCUCUACAAGAUCGGGAAAGCGUACUCCUUCUUCAGUAACCAAAAUCCGAAAUCCAGCCAUCUGGUGGACACCAUGAUGUCAUUCCCCGGGAUCGAUAAUGCCUGCCUCGACACCUCUGAUAACCUCAUCUGCACAAGGAGCACAGACAGCUGGAGAUCCAGAGGGAACAGCUCCAAAGCGUUUAGUGUCUGUAAAUGCACCCAACAGGAACAGAUUUGUCCAAAGGACCCAUACGAGCCCCUCCACAAGACAAUCCCUUCGUCUCAGACUGUUUACAAUCUGAGUGGCAUCAAUGUCGAAAACUAUCUGGUGUCCACGGCCAACGAUUUCAUCAGGAACAGGUAUGGUGGUUUCGCUUUUGGCAUGCCGCUCCCACCUGACUUGCAAAUGGAUCUUAAGGAGGUGCCCCAAAACCGCACACUAUCCAAGGUCUGGUUCAAUCCCGAAGGCCACCACACAAUGCCAGCAUACCUGAACAGCCUCAACAACCUGAUCCUGCGCUCCAGUAUUCCAGCUGACAAAGAGCCAGAAAAAUAUGCCAUUUCAGUGUCCAGCCACCCUUACUUUGGUCGGCCAGAUGAUGAAGAUGCAAUCGUUCAGGGAAUGCUCCAGAUCCUGGUGGCCAUGUGUGUGCUGACAGGUUAUUCAAUCAUGACAGCCAGCUUUGCCAUCUAUGAGGUCAAUGAGCACCACAGCGGGAUGAAGAGGCUCCAGCACAUUGCAGGAAUUAGCGAGCCCUUCUACUGGACUGUGAACUUCUUUUAUGACAUGGUUGUUUACAUGAUCCCUGUGACUCUGACCAUUGGGGUGAUUGCUGCCUUCCAGAUUCCAGCAUUUACAGAUCGACAAAAUCUGGCCGCCAUUACCCUCCUCCUCGUUCUCUUUGGGUUUGCCACCUUCCCCUGGAUGUAUCUCCUGUCAGGUGUCUUCAAAGACAUGGAGAUGGCCUUCAUCAUCUAUGUGUGCAUCAACCUCUUCAUCACUGUGAACACCAUCAUAUCGACCUCCAUCCUCUACUUUCUGGGUCAAAUAUCACAUCACAACUCUGAGGUCAUCCAGGACAUCUUCCAGAGGCUGUGCUACGCCUUCCACAUCUUCCCUCAGUUCAACUUUGGAAAUGGGUUGAUGCAGUUGGCCAGAACGAACAUAGAGGUUCAGAUCCUCAGCGGCUACGGAAUCGAUGCCUACAAGAACCCAUUUUCCGCAGAUAGCUUGGGCUGGAUGUUUUUAUCAUCCUUCAUCCAAGGCCUGGUCUUCUUCACCCUGCGUCUCCUGCUCAACAAAUCUCUCAUGCACAAAAUAAGGGAUGCGGUCCGGGGCAGGAAGACUGUGCACCAGGUUUCUCUGGAGAAUGAGGAUGAGGAUGUAGCAGCAGAGCAUCUGCGGGUUUCCAGCGGCGCUGCCAGCUCCGACUUACUGCAGGUCAACAGUCUAACUAAGGUCUAUCAACAUCUGAAAAAGAAGGUCCCUGCUGUGAAGAGGUUGUCUGUGGGCAUCCCUGCUGGAGAGUGCUUUGGCCUGCUUGGAGUGAAUGGGGCAGGAAAAACUACCACCUUCAAGAUGCUGACCGGGGAUAUUAGCCCCACUGAUGGCUCCGCAGAGAUCAGGGACUGGGACGGGCGGUUGGUGGACAUCAUGGAGUGCAGAAACAAGGGAAUCAACAUUGGCUACUGUCCUCAGGUUGAUGCACUCGAUGAUCUGCUCACUGGAGAGGAGCAUUUGUACUUCUAUGCUCGCAUCCGUGGCAUCUCAAAGCGAGAGAUAGAUGGGGUAGUGAACUACCUGCUGAAGAAGCUGGAGCUGAAUCACCACAGAAACAUCAUUACUGACAGUUACAGCUGCGGCACCCGCAGGAAGCUCUCCACCGCAAUGGCUCUCGUUGGACAUCCACAAAUCUUGCUCUUGGAUGAGCCCAGCUCGGGCAUGGACCCACGCACCAAGCGUCACCUGUGGAAAAUUAUCUCUGAGGAAGUGAGAGGAAAAUGUGCCGUGGUGCUUACGUCUCAUAGCAUGGAGGAGUGUGAGGCGCUGUGCAGUCGUCUUGCCAUUAUGGUGAAAGGUCAGUUCCAAUGCCUGGGCUCCCUGCAGCACAUUAAGAACAGGUUUGGCAGCGGGUUCACUGUGAAGAUGUACUUGGCAGAGGCCUCUUGUGACGCAGAGGCAAUCACUCGGUUCAUGCAGCGCAGAUUCCCCAGCACUUAUCUCAAGGACCAGCACUCUGCCAUGGUGGAAUACCACGUACCAAUUGCUCCUGGAGGAGUCGCAGACAUCUUUGACCAGCUGGAGUCCAACAAGAAUGCCCUGCUGAUCAAACACUUCUCUGUGAGCCAGACCACACUGGAUGAGGUCUUCAUCAAUUUCGCUCUGGGAAAGAUUGGUAUGGAAAACAUACUUAUUCAUGAGGACGACAACGGCCAUGACCUGGACUCUGUUGAGGAAGUGCAUACAUAGAGCUGAUUGCAAUGUCUUGUGGGCUUUUUCUCUCAGUGUGAAAUGAAACACAAGUGCUCACUUAACCCUAGCCCAUAUUUCUUACAUCCUUAUUAUUUCUUAUGUCUAUUAUCGGAUCACAUGAAGAAAAAUUAUAUUUCUAUCUUCUGCCCCAUGAAAUGGUGAAUGAGAAGCAGAAGAGCACCUGCACUUUUCCAUACAUGUAUAUAUGAAGUUGAACAUUUAAUCAUACGUUUAUUUACAAGUCGCAUGACUCCACUAGUACGUUUACUUCUGAUUCAAAUGAUUAAGUUAUUUAAGAUGAUUAUUAUUAUUACGAAGAUUUGAUUUUCUCUCUGUUGUUGGGGUAAUGUUCAUUUGUUGAACUUAUGUUUAGUCCUGAUGUACCAUGAUUGCAAAUGAUCUUAAAUCAGUCCCUCAAUGAAUACUUGAUAGCUUAAAGGAUAAAAAAACCCCCAAAAGAAAACGCUGGAGUACAUUUAAUCAUAUCCAUUAGAUGAAACUUGACAAAAGAAAAUAUCCCCAUUCAUAUUCGAUGUACACAUUUCUUCUUCUCAUUAAUUUUCCUCUAAGGGCACAUCUCUAUCUACAUGACUACAUUGAAUACUUAAUGCGCUCUCUUGCAUAUGUGGUAUAUAAUGUAUCUAGACUAUUUUUGAAAUUUUAAUAAAGAUUUUUCAAGCACAGUUGCUAUCUGUCUUAAUGAGGCUCAAGUAUUCAUUCUAUUUUUAUUCUUGCACUCUUGGGUGCAUCUAAGAUGUUUUAUUUUCAUAUGCAUUGAUUAAAUUGUCUGGUAAAAAAACAUUAUUUCACUUAUUCAUGUCCUGAUGAAGUUGUUCUGCAGAAUCAUUGAAAGUCGAUUGAAAUAAAUAAUUCAGCUUUCAUCGUAAGUCAACCAAAGCAACACAUUUAGAUGCUGAUCAAAUGUUGGCAGUUAAAUCACGAAAUGUAAUGGCAUUAUAAGGUGGACUCAGUAAUGCUUUCAAUAUUUAAAUAUUUGAUCUCCUAUGAAUUCUAAACUAAUUUAAAAUAAUUCAUGACCAAGUUUUAAAUGAAUAACUGAAGAUGUAAAAUCUCAGCUGAAGGAAUGAAACUGUCUGUAUAUAAUCAUUCAUUUCAGGCUCAUUAUCUUUGGGUUAAUAUUUUCAUUGCUUUAUUCAAAAUUGUUCUAUGAAUUAGGUUUCAUUUUCCCUGUGUAAGUCAUUUUGAAUGAAAGCAUCUAUUAAUUUCAUAAAUGUAAAUAUAUAUGUAAUGUGGAGUUGUUUUAUGUUUACAAUUGUUAAUA